AUGGCCUCGCCAGUACCACCGUCCCCGCCGGCGCAGCUGUCCCAGCCCGGCGAAGCAGGCCAGAAUCAAGAGCCUGAAGACGAAAGCAAACCCGUUGUCGUGGAGGAAGUCGUCAUGCUCGAUUCACAGAAACAAUCGCACCAUGAUGCGAAGACCCCAGAGUCAGGAGUGGAUCAACAGCCCGCGAGGUCCGACACCCCUAGCUCACCUGCGACCCUCGCGUCGUUCGACUGGGAAGACUUCGAGGCAAGGUACGACAAGGCUCUUCGUGAUGCGGACGAGCAAGAGGAGGAGAUUCUAAAGCAAGCGGGUGCCCUUUCAAAGUACUUCAAGGUUUGGGCAGCUGCGGCGUCGGCACACGAUGACGAACGCGCAGCAAAGCGCUUGCAGACGCGACGGCGCUUUGUAAACCUAUCUGAAGAAAAUAUGGCACAAAAACAGCAACAUUGCGCGAACUCGCAACGACAGGAUUGUCGUCCAGCCCCAGACAUGCCCAAGGCAGAUCAUGUAGGUACAGCAACCAAGUAUGGCGUAACUACAAUCUCCGAGGAUGACUUGUUCAGCUUCCACGAGAAGCACUUUUCGCAGGCUGCUAUCGCCUCAUUCGGCGGGACAUUUAUGGACCGAUCGGGAGAACAUCAGUCUUAUAGUGACAUGACAUACGAUACUUGGGAAGAAGACGAUGACCUUGGUUACUACGAAGACGGUGUCAAGCGCACCCUGACGGACGCGCAAAUCGAAAUCUUUCGCCACUCGGAACUCGAAGCUCUCCGCAAAGAACAGGAGAAGCAAUCGAGUGUCAAGGCUACCACGUCUUCGGACGAGGCCAUGGAGCUGAGCGACGACAAAACAACCAACGCACAGCCCUCGGUCGGUCCCUCGACUCUCCCGUCCACCCUCCGCGGCAACAAAAAGAAAAAGAAGAAGGGGGCCAAGCGCGGACGGCUGGUAGAGCCAAAACCGGACCUGCGAAAACGCACCUGGGACGUUGUCGACAAGGGAUUGGAUUCCCUUGAUUACGACUAG